GCUAUUGAGAAAGUCAGAAACUAAUUGAAUUUCAAAUGACUCUUUCGUUGAUUUCUGGUUCGAUACUUAUCUGCCCCGAUCUUCGUCUCCGUCAAUCUCCGUCGUAUUUGAGAAUCUCCACGUCGCGGCCACUUUGUCUCUCUUCCCGCAGUAAACCGUCCUCUCUCCACCAGUUUUCUCAGAUCUCACAGCCGAUCAAAAUCACCGCGAGAGGCGCCAUGGAGACGACGGCGGAGACAAUUUCCGGCGGUGUUCCCAACGCUACGAUGAAGCUACUGUUCGUUGAGAUGGGCGUGGGUUACGAUCAGCACGGGCAAGACGUGACAUCUGCGGCGAUGAAGGCUUGUAAGAAUGCAAUUUCUUCGAAUUCGAUUCCUGCAUUUAGAAGAGACCUGGUGGGAAUUGAAUGUGUUGAAAGGUUCGAUUCCUGGAGUUUCAUUUGGAGAAAUGAAGUUGCAGAUAAAGCUUGGAGUGCCUCAUUCUCUUCACCAGCAGCUGGAUCUCGAGAAGGUUAAAUCUAUCUUCCCAUAUGGGAAGAUUGUUAAUGUGGAGGUGGUGGAUGGAGGACUGAUUUGCUCAAGCGGCGUUUUAGUAGAGGAAAUGGGUGAUAAAAACGAAGAUUGUUACAUAGUGAACGUCGCGGUUUACGUUGGCUACUAGCCUCUUGUUCUUGCGUUUUUGACUAGUUGUAUAUUUUGAUUUCAGAAGCCAAUUUGGUUUUGUAGAAUUGCAUCAUCAAUAUCGUAAUCUCAG